AUGACCGUUCACUCUCAUAAGCUUUCUUGUCGACAGCAAUACAUGGCCUCAAAUAUCGGUUCUGAUGAAGUGUGCAAGGAUCAGGAAAAUCAAAUAUGGCACAAGCUGAUGCCUAGAGAGUCGUCUGGCAUCAUUGCCCAUCGGUCUGAGAUUAUUUUUCCGUGGAGGUCAGCCUUCACCUUUUUCGUUAUUGGACGUGUGCAUAGAGUCCUUUCAGAGUUCCUUGCAGAGUCGUUCGGCGUCAUUGCCCAUCUGAUUCAUUUGGCAUCAUUGCUCAUCUGA